AAAAAUCAAGCAAUGAAGAAAAGAACAAAUCCGGAAACGUCCGCCUCCGGAGCAAAGAAACACCGGCGAGAGAAAGAGGAUGAGGAUGAAGAAGUGGGUUGUAGCAACUCUGCAAUUGAAGAUGGAGCAGUAUCUGAAGAUCAAUGUCUUCCUCUCGAGGAUGAACUCACCUUUAGCGAUACCUCUGUUGCACUACGAAUGAUGCGAGCUCAGUUUCCUCGUAUUGACCAGGCUUCGGUUCCACCCUUUAUUUUACAGUCGCAAUUAUACAGUAGCGUCAAUGAUAGAACCCAAGUCGAUAGAGAAUUAGAGUGUUUACGAAGGGAGAAAGUAGUUCGUGUUUUCAAACUCAACACUGGACAAGAUGAUCAUGCCAUAAUCUUUUUGGAUGACUAUCUUCACCAGGUAGAUCGAAUAGUGAAGAGGAUGGAAGAGAAGAAGCAAAGUGAUCUUGAAAUUUUCAAGUGGUUCAAAGGACAUGUUCUUGAUUCAAAACUUGAACCCAGUAUUGGACAUCAUGAGCUAUGUUCGUUGUUGUCAUUGGGCGGAAAGGUGAAGGAUGCGCACAUCAGUCUCUUAAUUAACGCAGGCCUUCUCGCACGCCAACUUAUCGAUCCAGACAUGUACUGGUUUACAAUUCCGAGUAUUGGUAAACUGUGGAAGGGUCUAUUACAGGGAAGGAACGAACUCCUCUCAUUGAUAAAGCGCAAGCGACAUAAAGAGAUGUUCUUGGCUGAGCUUGAGAAGAAACGGCUCCGGUUUUCUCCUCUGGAUGUGAGAUUUCACAUACGUGACCUCAUUGGCUCCGGUCACCUGAAAACUGUUCAGACAACUUCCGGUCUUAUAGUCCGGAUUUCAAGGGAUUAAAAAUACCGGUGCAGGUUUCUCAUUAAACGGGCAAUCUCGUAGUCAGGUGACCUUUUUCACAAAGUAUACACAUCCACUAUUUAUUAGUCCAGCUUGUGACUACGUGGAUAUGUUUGUCAAGGAGUAUAUAGGAUUUACAAGAAUAAUUACAUACUCGAGCUAAUAGCUAAAGGCAAAUAAUUUUGUACAGAAUAGUUGGAGUUGUUCUAUUUAUACACAGAACAGAAGAAUACUACUUAUCAAGUUUGGUACAUUGUGUUGAUGAUGGGUGCUACAAGUUGCGUGAAGCGAGGAUCUCUGCUUUCACUCUAGUGAUGAACUCUUCAGCUCUUUCGUCUAUUCCCUUCUCGGGAAACAAUUCUUCCUUUGGCUUCCACUGCUUUGCUGGAAUCUAAUUGGAUACAGCCAUAGGUUCACUGAAGAGCUUAUCAACGUAUACAACAGCUUUGCGUUUCUUCUUGAAGAAACAACCUCUCUUUAGACGGAUGAAAAAAACACGGGAAUCUCUGUCUUGAAGAUUCUUUCUAGGUCCGUGGCUCGAACUGAAGAAAUGUUUGUUCGAAGUUGCAGCACUGUGCUUGGUUUUGGAUCUCCGAAGCUUGGCUGUGAAGCUCUUCCAAGCUCUUUUGGCAGGGAGAAGCCUAAUUCUCAGGCAAGACAUGACUUAAAAGAUGGUUGAGAGUGAAGAGAGAUGAGAGAUGAGCUGAAAACUCUAGUGGAUAAAAGCUAAGGGGGAUAAGCAGAGGAUUAUAUAGAAGUGUUUGUCUUCAGCGUAGUUCGUACGCAAGACAAGACAAAAGCAGCCAACAAAAUAUUCCACUUAUUUGCUUAAUCUCUACGCUGCUUCCUUAACCUAAUCUUCAGUAGAAUAAUCAUAUUUUGUUUUUUAAGAUUUUGUUGUUUAGCAAACUCCGGAUUCUGAAGAUCUACAAUUAUGGUCUUCGAAAUAAUAAGAAGUUGGAUUAUUUUAUUAAA